AUGGAGGGCAGCAGCGGAGCCGUGGCGCCGGCGCCGGCGGCGCCACCACACUCGUGGGAGUACCACCUGCGGAAGUACCUCGCGCUGCUGGCCACGCUGGUGGCAACGUCUACGUACGCGGCGGGGCUGAGCCCGCCGGGUGGAGUCUGGCAGGAGAACAAGCCCGGGGAGCAGGCCGGGGUCCCAAUUCUGUACCACUCUCCCCGGUACCUCGCCUUCUUCUACUUCAACGCGACCGCCUUCGCGGCGUCGCUUGUGGUCAACCUUCUCCUCCUCGUCCUGAACGAGAGCCGGACGGCGUGGCUCUCCGUGCUCCGGCUCGUCAUGGUGCUGGACCUGCUAGCCCUCAUGGGGGCCUUUGCCACCGGGAGCUGCGAGGACCUGCCGACCACCGUGUACGUCUCCACGCUGGUUAUCGCUCUCGCCGUCUACGUCGGCAUCAAAAUCCUCCUAGAUUGGCACGAUAAGGAGGCCCCCGACGACCCGCUCGAGUUCAACGAGCAUCGCAAGGAGCUGCUCGUGCUGGCGACGUUCGCCACGGGCCUCUCCUUCGCCGCCGGCCUGAGCCCGCCCGGCGGCUUCCGCGACGACGCCGAGGGCGACCAAGACGCCGGAGAUCCGAUCCUUAAGGCCCAACAGUCCCAGCGCCUGAUGGCCUUCUUCUACUGCAACACCACGGCGUUUGUGGCGUCGCUGCUCGUCAUCGUGCUGCUCCUGGGCCGCAGGAUGCAGAAGUACUACGGCAAGUAUCAGCUGUACGGGUUCAUCCUCGUCGUGCUGCUCGGACUCCUGGGCGCCUACGCCGCCGGGAGCUCCAGGAAGACGGACACGACGGUCUACGUGGUCGUUCUUGUCGCGGCGGUCCCAGUGUACAUCUUCCUCGUGAUGGUGGUUAUGGUGCGAAAACGAGUCUUCCACCAGAACAAGAGCAAAUCGCCGGCGGCGCUCGUGUUGCCAACAGUAGGCGGCGCCGCCGAUGAGGUGAGCGAAGGCAUCGGGAAGGCCCAAUCUCUGAUCCUGCUGCUCGCCACACUCGCCGCCACCAUCACUUACCAAGCGGGCAUGGACCCGCCCGGCGGCGUCUGGCCGAGUGAUGCUCAGGGGACGGAGCCACCCCACAAGGCCGGCGACCCGAUCCUCCUGUCCACGCACCCGGCGCGCUACAAGGUGUUCUUCUACUGCAACUCCACCGCGUUCGUGGCGUCCUUGGUGGUCAUCCUCAUGGUCCAGAACAAGGGCCUGAUGAGAGGGCACGCGCUGGAGGUGGCCAUGAUACUGGACCUGUUCGGCCUCAUCGGCGCGUACGCCGCCGGGAGCUGCCGCGACGUGAGCACCUCCAUCUACGUCAUGGCCCUGGCGGGAGGCGUCCUGGUCUACGCCGUGAUCCACGUCGUUUUCUUCACGCUCGACCACGAGAAGCUCAGCGACGAGGAGAAGAGGAGGAUCCACAAGCGGCGCAAGCGGCUACUGCUCCUCGCAAUCCUGGUGGCCACCAUCACUUACCAGGCCGGCCUCACCCCGCCGGGCGGCUUCUGGACGGAGGACGGCAAGACCCCAGAUGGCCACGACUACAGCGCGGGAUCCGCGAUCCUCGGAGACAUCAGCGGCGAGUACCGGAGGAGGUAUUUGGCCUACUUCUACUGCAACUCGACGAGCUUCAUGGCGUCCAUGGCGCUCAUCCUCAUGCUUGUGAACCCGAACCUGUACCGGCCGGGCAUACGGUCCUACGCGCUCUACGUGUGCAUGGUCGUCGCAGUGUUCGGCCUGAUGGGCGCCUACGCCGCCGGGAGCGCACGGCAGCUGCGGACGUCCAUCUACGUCUUCGUUCUCGUCGGUGCGGUGGUGGCCUUCAUCCUCAUCCAGCUGCUAAUGUUCUUCAAAUUGCACCAAAUUUGCGGCCCCGCCAAAUCGAAGAGGUCAUUUCCCCCGCUGCAGCUACAAUCGCCCAAGCCCAAGCCCAGCCCGGAGGAGAGCUCCAAUUCGAGCCGCCGGAAGUACCUGAUGCUGCUGGCGAUCCUGGCGGCGAGCGUCACCUACCAGGCCGGCCUCAAACCGCCGGGCGGCAUGUUCGAGGACGGGGAUGCCGCGGGGAACCCGGUGCUGCGCGUGAGCGACCUGGCCCGGUACCGGGUCUUCUUCUACUGCAACUCUGGCUCGUUCGCGGCGUCGGUGGUCGUCAUCGUCCUGCUGCUGCAGGAGUUCCUGCACGGCCAAGCGUACGGCCUGUUAAUCCACGCCAUGAACACGGCGAUCGUGCUGGACGUGCUGGGACUCCUGGGCGCGUACGCCGCCGGGAGCAGCCGGGAGUGGGACACGUCCGGGUACGUCAUCGCGCUGACCGCCGCCGUGCUCGGCUUCCUCGCGGUGCACCUCGUGAUCUUCCUGAGCGGCCGGAGUGGCAAAGGGAAAGUGAGCAGUGUGCAGCUGCAGCCUGAGCCGAAAGUAUUAAGGAGGUGUGCCUCAUCCCCGGCCGUGCUGAAGCUCAAUGUGCAACUGGUCUCCAUUUCUUGUGUAGCUUAG